AUGAGCGACAGGGGAACGGAAGAGGUAAGAGAGGAGGUGAGGCAGUCAGUGCUACUGCCGGGAGGAGUGGUGGUGCCCGGAGGAAUGGUGGUGCUGUCAGGAGGGGUGGUGCUGCCAGGAGGGGUGGUGCUGCCAGGAGGGGUGGUGCUGCCAGGAGGGGUGGUGCUGCCAGGAGGGGUGGUGGUGCCGGGAGGGGUGGUGGUGCCGGGAGGGGUGGUGGUGCCGGGAGGGGUGGUGGUGCCGGGAGGGGUGGUGGUGCCGGGAGGGUUGGUGGUGCCGGGGGAAGAGUCAUCAGGGCCAGGAGAUCUAGUACGGCUUGCAGCCGAUUCUCACGAGGAAGCUGCUCAGGUGAUGGAUGCUUGCGAUGCGAUAUGGCCUGCAGCCGAUUCUCACGAGGAAGCUGCUAAGGUGAUGGAUGCUUGCGAAUGCAGACCACGCCAUCUUUAUCCCCCUCAUGCGGCGUUGUCUGUUGCUUGGUCGUGCUUCAAUUCCCCUUGCACCUUGCGUUUCUUCCCCAGCUGUCCUGUCAGUUCUACUCUGUCCUUCUACUCUAUCCUCAACUGUGUUCCCCCCUCCCCCCGAUCCAACAGUCGCGACGUGCUGAUAGCGAGUCAAGUCAUCACCUGCGAAGUGCUCAAGGUGUUAAUAGCCCUCACGGCCAUGUUCCUAGACGGCUCUCUCUUCACCGUGUGGCGCAACUGGCACAUUCUGGACUCGUUACAAGCUGCUGCGGUACCAGGCCUGCUGUACGCCGGCCAGAACACGCUCAUUCAAGUCGCCUUACGUCAUCUGGACUACCUCACGUUCAACCUGCUGAAUCAGACGAAGCUUUUGUUCACGGCCCUCUUCAACUACUUGUUCCUCAGAAUCCGCCAGACUCGCGUGCAGAUCGUCGCCCUCUGCAUGCUGCUCGUCGCCGCCACACUACUCACCCUCGGCCCUGGGCCUGGGUCUAGCCCAGGGUCUGGGCCUGGGUCUGGGCGCGGGCAGUCUCAGGGAAGCAGUGCGGCUACUGCUGCUACUGCCACUGCUACUGCUGCUGCGGCUGUUGUUGCAGCAGGCGUGGCGUGGGAGAGAGUGGCACUGGGAGUGGUGCCGGUGCUGGUGGCAUCAGUGACGUCUGGGCUGGGAUCAACGCACAACCAGUGGCAAGUGCAGGUCAAGAGGCGCAGUCCCCAUCUAUUCACCAUCGAGAUGUGCACCCUCACGUCCCUCGUCCUCCUCCUCUCCCUCUUCUCCUCUCAAGACGGCGCUCGCAUGUUUCAACUCGGAUUCUUCCACGCGUGGACGCCCCUCACCAUCAUCCCGGCUCUAUCAAACGCCAUAGGGGGCAUUCUCGUGGGGCUUGUGACCAAAUAUGCAGGGGGCGUUAAGAAGGGGUUCACGGUAAUAGCGGGGCUGCUGGUAACCGCCAUAGUGCAGUAUGCUCUCGACGGCACGCCUCCCUCCCUCUUUGUGUGGCUGGCCCUCCCUCUCACUGUCCUCAGCACCUACCUCUACUCCUCCUCUGCUGCACCCCCUGCUGCUGCUAAGAGCAAAGACCUCUAA